GCAAGCGCGGUGCUCCACACUUCCCAACUACAGUGGUCCAGUGCCUGACCACCCGCUACCAGUCCUCAGGAUAGUUUAACUGGAAGACCAUCACCAUGCCGAAAGUUUUGGUUCCAGGUCAACAGAAGACCGAUGACAAGAUGAGGGCCUUCGCAGAGCAGGUCUUUGCUUCUGAGACCAAAGACGAGACGGUCCGCGAUGAAAUCUCCAUGUUUGAUGUGGCUGAGGACUGUCCCAUCAUCCAUCAUGAGAUGGCCCACCAUCUGCACACUGAUGAUGAUGAGCAGAAACGCAAGAAGCGGUCCCGUACCAUGGCUGUGCCCACGGUUGCUUCCCAGGCAGCUGCUACCCCUGUAGUGUCAGUGGAAGUGGACACGCCCACCUACUUGGAAGUGCCUGACUUCCAGAGAGUGGCCGUCAUUGGAGACUAUGCUUCUGGGGUGACUAUGGAUGACUUUGAGCUGGCAUGCAGGGGUCUGUACCGUGCUUUAACCAUCAGGGAGAAGUACAUGCGACUGGCCUUCCAGCGCUUCCCAAGAACAGCCUCCCAGUACCUGCGUCAGAUUGAAGGAGAGUCUUUCAGACCGGAAGAACAAUUUGAGCCAGUCUUCACAAGUCCUCCAAAAGAAGGGGAAGACCCGUUUGAUGUCAAGAACCUGCCAAAGAAUCUGGGCUAUGUUGCUCGUAUGAAGGACGGUGUGAUUUAUGUGUACAAUGACGCUGCAGCUGCUGACAAACAUAAGCCAAAGGACACGCCCUACCCAGACCUCAAUACCUUUAUCGAUGACAUGAACUUCCUCAUCGCUCUUAUUGCACAGGGCCCAACAAAGACUUACACUCACCGCCGUCUUAAGUUUCUCAUGUCCAAGUUCAAUGUGCAUGAGAUGCUGAAUGAGAUGGAGGAGAUGAAAGAGGUGAAGAAGAACCCUCACAGGGACUUUUACAACUGCAGAAAGGUGGACACUCACAUCCAUGCUGCUGCCUGCAUGAACCAGAAGCACCUGCUGCGCUUUAUCAAAAAGUCUUACCGUGUGGAUGCUGAACGUGUAGUGCACAACCUCAAAGGGAAGGAGGUCACCAUGAAGGAGCUCUUUCAGUCCCUUAACCUGCAUCCAUACGACCUCACUGUGGACUCACUGGAUGUGCACGCUGGUAGACAAACCUUCCAGCGUUUCGAUAAGUUCAACGCCAAGUACAACCCAGUAGGAGCCAGUGAGCUGCGUGACCUGUACCUGAAGACAGAGAAUCACAUCAAUGGAGAGUACUUUGCCACUAUCAUCAAGGAAGUAGCCAAUGAUCUCGAGGAAGCCAAGUACCAGUAUGCUGAGCCCCGUCUGUCCAUUUAUGGCUGCAACGCCAACGAGUGGAACAAGCUCUCGAACUGGUUCGUCAGGCACAGGGUUUACUCCCCAAACCUCAAAUGGAUGAUUCAAGUACCCAGGAUCUACGACAUCUUCAGAGGCAGAAACUUUGUGCCACACUUUGGCAAAAUGUUGGAGAACAUUUUCCUGCCUGUGUUCCAGGCCACCAUUGAUCCACAGUCCAGUCCAGAGCUAAGCAUCUUCCUCAAGCAUGUGACAGGCUUUGACAGUGUGGACGAUGAGUCCAAACACAGUGGCCACAUGUUCUCCACUAAAAGCCCCAAACCAGAGGAGUGGGACAUUGCCAAAAACCCCUCCUACACCUACUACAUCUAUUACAUGUAUGCCAAUAUCGCUGCCCUCAACCAGCUGCGCAAACAGAGGGGCAUGAACACAUUCAUGUUCAGGCCUCACUGCGGUGAGGCUGGUGCCAUAACCCACUUGCUGGCUGCCUUCAUGACUGCUGAUAACAUCUCUCACGGCCUUAACCUCAAGAAGAGCCCCGUGCUGCAGUACCUGUAUGUCUUGAGCCAGAUCCCGAUCGCCAUGUCCCCACUGAGCAACAAUAGCUUGUUCCUUGAGUAUGCCAAGAACCCGCUGCUUGAGUUCCACAAGAAAGGCUUGGUGGUGUCUCUGUCCACCGAUGACCCCAUGCAGUUCCACUACACCAAGGAACCUCUAAUGGAAGAAUAUGCCAUUGCAGCUCAGGUGUUCAAGCUCAGCACUUGUGACAUGUGUGAGAUCGCCAGGAACAGCGUGCUUCAGAGCGCCCUCUCUGAUGAGGAGAAGCGCCACUUCCUGGGUAAGGAUUACCUCAAAGAGGGCCCAGAGGGCAAUGACAUCCGCAAGACCAACGUGCCUCAGAUCCGUAUGGCGUACCGCUAUGAGACCUUGUGCUACGAGCUCAACCUCAUCAAGGAGGGCUUGAAGUCUGAGUAAACAGACCGGACUCACCCUUACUUAGACACUACUCUCUUUUGUGAUGUGGAAAGGUUUCUACGUUUGUUUAUCGCAGUGGAAUCUUAAAGAAACUGACCAUCUAAAAGACAGAUGUUCUCUCUAUUAAAGGAAGAAAUGCUUUUAUAAUCUGCACAUCUGUGACUUGCACAUUGCAGUAUUUUUUUUUUUCAGCUGGAGAAACGUGUAUAAGAAUGGAAGGAAAUAAAUGGUGCAAUUGCA